CGGGCGCGCCGGCGGGGCGGGGUGCGGGGUGCGGCCGGGCAGUGCCGGGCCAGGCGCGCGGCGAGUGAGCGCGGCCCCGCUCCGCCGCCGCCGUCUCCGCCGCCGCCGCUGCCGCCCCCGCCCCGGCAUGAGGAAACGCAACGAGUCGGUCACGGUGGAGCAUGAGCGCUCCGCCGCCGCCGCUGCCGCCGCGCCCGGGCCCCUCGACAAGGGCUGCAGCCUGAGGCGAAGCCUGCGCCUGCCUGCCUCCGCCGCCGCUGAGGGCAUGAAGCGACCGCUGGGCAGGCGACACGGGCUGUGGUUCCGGCUGAGGAAGCUGAUGCUCUGGUUGCUGGGGGUGUACAUAGCCAUCCCCUUUCUAGUCAAACUUUGCCCUGCUAUUCAGGCCAAGCUGGUCUUCCUAAACUUUGUGAGGGUCCCAUAUUUCAUUGACCUGAAAAGACCCCAGGAUCAAGGUUUAAACCACACCUGUAACUAUUACUUGCAGCCAGAGGAGGAUGUAACCAUUGGAGUGUGGCACACGGUCCCUGCAGCCUUGUGGAAGAGCGCCCGAGGGAAGGACCAGCUGUGGUUCGAGGAGGCUUUGGGCUCCAGCCACCCUGUCAUCCUGUACCUGCACGGCAAUGCAGGAACAAGAGGAGGGGAUCACAGGGUGGAGCUUUACAAGGUUCUCAGCUCCCUCGGGUACCACGUGGUGACCUUUGACUAUCGAGGCUGGGGUGACUCAGUGGGCAGCCCGUCAGAGAGGGGGAUGACCUACGACGCCCUCCACGUCUUCGACUGGAUAAAAGCACGGAGUGGAGACAACCCUGUCUAUAUCUGGGGACACUCCCUGGGCACAGGGGUCGCGACAAACCUGGUGCGGCGCCUGUGCGAGAGAGAAACGCCCCCGGACGCCCUGAUCCUGGAAUCCCCGUUCACCAACAUACGGGAGGAGGCGCGGAGUCACCCCUUUUCUGUGAUAUACAGAUACUUCCCUGGAUUUGACUGGUUCUUCCUUGACCCCAUCACGACAAGCGGAAUUAAAUUUGCAAAUGAUGAGAAUGUGAAAUACAUUUCCUGCUCCCUGCUCAUCCUUCAUGCUGAGGAUGAUCCAGUGGUACCAUUCCAUCUGGGAAAAAAGCUUUACAACAUCGCGGCGACGUCGCGGAGUUUCCGGGACUACAAGGUGCAGUUUGUGCCCUUCCACACAGACCUGGGCUACCGGCACAAGUACAUCUACAGGAGUCCAGAGCUACCUCGGAUACUGCGGGAAUUCCUGGGAAAAUCUGAACAUGAGCAUCAUCACUGAAGACUGUCUGCUUGUCAGCAGAGAUUGUCAUUUCCUUCCUCUCUCUCCUUUCCCCUCCCUGCUCCCUGUGGGUCAGUCUGCCAUUCUUCCAUCCCUGGCACUAGAGGAGGUCAGGGAUUCCCAUUCCAGUCCUGGUGUGUACCCUUGGCAACUCCAGCUUCUGGCAUCAGCACCUGUGGUGGCAGAAGGAAGAAGUUGUUGGCUUCUUUUUGGACGUGGACGGAGGGUGGUACCAGCCCGGGAGCCAGUACCGAAGGGUGGAAAACGUGAGCGCAGCCAAGCCUCGCCCGUCCCUCGUGGUACUGCUGGGGACAGAUGUUCCUGGGACACUGUGUCAUGACCAAGGAUGUUUCCUUCACUUUUCAACACUGCUGCUCUUUCUGGAUCAUGUAGAGAUACGUUUGUAGGCAAAUGGCUUUUGCCGUGUCUCCUUACCGCCGUUGUCUCGCUUGAGUUUGAGGUGUUCUCUUUCUAGAAAAUACAUGUUUUGCCUUUCCUUUUCGAUCAGUGGCUGUAAUCACAAAUACAUGGAGGAUCCAGGUACUGAGAGGUAUUUUUAUUUAACUCUUCAGUCGCAAUGUGCUGCAAGUGUUGGGGUAAUUGCACACAUUUGGAAAUAAAAUGAAAGGGUUUUUUUGGUUCUUCCUUUUGCAACAUCUAUUUAAUGGGAAAGGCUAGUGCCCUUUUAUCUUUCCUCUACCUUUUUCCUUCUGAACAUAAUUUUUUGCUCCCAUCCCUGCUAUCCUCUGUGGACCUCCACCCCUUCUUCUCAAGUACUUCCUAUUAGGAUUGGAAUGACACAUGUAUAUAAAUGGCAGACUUGGGUGUUCAAGACAGAAAGUGUGGGAUUACUUUUUGCUUAUCUCCUCUUCCAUGAGCAGUGUGUGCCCAGGCUGCUGGAAUGGAUGUCUUCCAUUACCCCUGUACACACCCAGACAGCCACGUGCUGCUUUCUGCUUACAAGGGCAGGGGUUUUUUCCUCAACUACUUUUUAACUUCUUGGGUCAGGUUUUCCUGUUCCUGGUGGCAGUGCAGUGUAGUUAAAAGCAGGCAGUGAUAGGUUUUGAUGCAAAAAUCAGUCUGGGGUGUCACUCCCCAUCUCUCCCCCCGCCUUCUUUGCACUUCCAGUAGCACACCUUAGCCCCUGUGACAGCAUUGUCCAGGAGGCAGAAGUGGAAUGAGCCUUGCCCACAGGGAAAUGGGGAUGUCCUUGCCCCGCUUGGGGCCAGAAGAGGGGGCUGGAAGAGCUCUGCACUGAAGGAGGAGUCAGGCACACACUGCCUCGCUGGGGUCCUGCCCUGGUCAGUCUGUGCAGUUCCAGGUGCUGUAGGUGCAGUCACCAGUGCUCAAAGGGAAUUGUGCUGCCCGAGGCUCUGGUCAGGGAUGUACAGCAUAGUAAUAACCUGCUCAGCACGCAUCAGAGUUGUAUCUGCAGGCUCACACUAGUUGCAAAAGAGGCAGUAGCUUGUUCCAAGAUUCCUCUGCCGUUAGCGCGGCUGUCCCUGCGGUUUCUGACCCGGUACCCAUAACGUAGCUGUGCCACCUCAGAGCAAGUGCUUCGCCCGUAACUUACCGCCCUGACAGACCAGAAACACUGACCUGGCUCUGAGAGUAACACACACAUUCCAGUUACUGCUGCUGCUGGCAGCGGGCACCCUCAGCUGGGGCUGCCUGCCUGCCUGCCUUCCUCCUGCUGGGGCAGAGCUGCUCUCGGUGGUCCCACCACCACCACUCCUGUCAGCAGGCACUGAGAUGCUUGGAAAUCUAAACUGAAAUGUUCAUCUACAAGUGGUGUAGUUUUAAUAAAGGCAUUGACUGCUGAUCACUUCAGCUUUACAAGUUUCA